ACAAUAUUUUUUUCAAAAAUGCCUAAUCGAUGUUCAAUCGUAGAAUGUCGUAAUGUUGACAACACGAAGGACAUCGCUUUUCACAGUUUUCCUGACGAAGAAAAAAACCCUGCACUUUUUUCGGAAUGGGUAAAUAGUAUAAAGAAAUGGUCGCCUCUCACAGUUCUAACUAAGUGGAGCAGAGUUUGCUCAGAUCAUUUUUCCGAUAGCAUGAAGAGAACAACAGGUAACAAAGUGUGUCUAGAAGAUAGUGCCGUGCCCACAUUAUUUCAACAGGUGCAGGAUGUUGAAUGCACGGAGAGCACUGAAAAGGUGAGUGGUCAUUUUUCUAUUCAUGAUCACUCAUAUUGUCUUAAGUCUCCCAGGAGACUGAAAAGACAAUUGGAAGAUGUUAUAGACCGGGCAGAGUCUUAUAGAAAGAGGUUAAAAGUGUCUAAUAAGAAAAAAAGUAGACUGAAAAAGAAGGUAAAUGAUUUAUUGUCAAUCAUUGAUUGCCUUAAAGAUGAUAAAAUGAUCAGCUCUGAUCAAGCUGAACUUCUUAAUGCUUCACUAUCUGGCGUUCCUGAAGAUAUUUUGAGUCGUUUAGUGGCAAACACUCAGGGUAAACAAGGUGCUCAAUACCCCCCAGAAUUGCAAGCUUUUGCACUAACUUUGAAAUUUUAA